GUGCACACAUGGUAGCACCCAUGUGGUGGCACCCUAGCAUGACCCUUUCAAUAAAUAGAGUAUUACAAUACAUAUAAAACAAAGACAUUGAAGUGCAAACAGACCCACAUUAUUACAGCACUUAAUAAAAUAUUUCUCCAAGCUCUAUGGCUAUGGCAGUGAGAAACAUCUUAGACAUGAAACAGCCAGGAGAGGAAACCAAGGAAGAAGAAAAGGUUAUUGUGGAAGUUGAUGCAAAUGAUGUUAACCCCAAGCAGCAGCAAUCAGCUUACAAAUGGUGGGCAGAAAUGGUUGUCUACUCCAUAUUUGUCCUCUCCAGCCAAACAAUAGGCACACUUUUGGGCAGGUUAUAUUUCAGCCAAGGUGGUAAGAGCAAAUGGAUGGCCACACUUGUCCAAAGCGCCGGUUUCCCCAUUCUCAUCCCCUUCCUCUUCAUCUCUUCCUCCUCCUCGUCAUCAUCAUCAACCACCCCCGCGACUACUAACCCCUCUCUUAGAGUCCUCGCCCCGCUUUACACUGUCCUAGGCCUGUUUGGCGCGGGGAUCUGUAUGAUGUAUUCUGUUGGGCUCAUGUACCUGCCCUUAACCACAUACUCCCUCAUUUGUGCUAGCCAGUUAGGGUUCAACGCCGUCUUCUCCUUCUUCCUCAAUGCACAGAACUUCACCCCUUACAUCGUCAACUCCCUCGUCCUCCUCACCCUCUCCGCGACCAUCCUCGUGUUUGGCUCCGGGGAGGGCCCCGCCAACUCUUCCCAUAAGAAGUAUGUCGCAGGGUUUUUGUCCACUGUAGCUGCAUCUGCAGGAGCCGCGUUACAGAUGUCCCUCUCGCAGCUCGCCUUCCAUAGGAUCUUCAAGCGCAAGGAGACGUUCCGGCUCAUCGUCGAAAUGUUGAUUUGCGGGUCAAUUGUGGGGUCUGUUGUGACGCUCGUGGGGCUCUUCGCGAGCGGGGAGUGGAGGGGUUUGAGGGAGGAGAUGAAUGGGUUUGGUCUGGGAAGGGUGUCGUAUGUGAUGAACUUGGUGGGGACUGCAGUGGCGUGGCAGGUCUUUGCGGUCGGGUCACUCGGGCUCAUCUUCAAGGUUUCAUCUUUGUUCUCUAAUGUGAUUGCCAUCCUAGGGUUGCCCAUCCCUCCUGUUAUGGCUGUGUUCAUUUUCAAGGAUAAGAUGAGUGGUGUCAAAGUGAUCUCAUUGUUGCUGGCACUAUGGGGUUUUGUCUCAUAUGUCUACCAACACUAUCUUGAUGAUAUGAAAGCCAAGGCUGGGCAGAAAGAGCAACAAUCCACUCAAGUUUCUGAAGCUGCACUCAUUCAAAGAAUUUAGACUAGCAUCUAAUCUUCUCCUCAGUUUCUUGUGUUUUAUCUUUCCAAAAUAAAGUGUGUAUUAAACUCUGCAUGUCCCAAUUAGUAAGAGGAUGUUUUAAAAGGCAUGGUGCAGCUUAGGAAUUAGUGAAUUACAGAUGAGAAAGAAAAUAGGUGGUCCAAA